AUGUGCAAAGCCGCCACGAUAGACGUCACCACGAUGGGCGCCACCACAGUGGACGUAACCAAGAUGAAGGCCAAAAUUCGGAGCUCCAAACUGCACGUGCUAACCUUCGCAACCCACGAGCAGGGGUACUUCAAAACGUUGCAGGAAAGUUGCUCCCGUUUGAACAUAGACCUGACUGUGCUAGGAAUGGGAAAAAAAUGGGAAGGGUUCAUAACAAAGUUGGUAAAAGUAAAGGAGUACAUAAAAUCGUGCAACGACAACGACAUCGUCCUUUUUGUGGACGGAUUUGACACAUUCUUCGUUCAGCCAGCGAAUGUAAUUGUGGAAAGGUACAUAAUGAAUUACGACAACUUAUUUGUGUGUACAAGCGAAAGCACCUAUUCGAAUAGCUUCUUCCUCCUACGGAUUAUCGAAAAUAUGCACUUAAUUUUUCACAACAGCAUUUUUAAAAACAAUGAUAGCACUGAAUGGGAUUCCACGAGGAUUCGAGACAAAUAUAAAGACUUCACUUAUUUUUAUAAAAAUUUAAAUUUACUAAAUUCGGGCGGAUGGAUAAGCAACGUCUUCCUAGCGAAGAAAAUUUUACAAUACAUCCCUUCCUUUAUUGAGAACGACCAGAUCUUCCUCACCAACUUGUACUUAGACUGCAACUAUUUGAUGAAGCUCCAGCUGCAGCAGGAUAGCCCCACACACGGAAAGGAAAACCCACUUGAUAGUUGCGUCCCUCAGGAGAAUGCGAAAUACUACAACAGAAUUAUCGUUGACAAUCACAACAUUAUUUUUCACUUGUUUCGAAGCAAAGGGAAUGUGACUCUGAUGAACUACCAGGACUGUGUGCAGUUUUUUCCUUUUCGCCCGUUGCUCAGUGCGUACUACCUGAAUAAGCAUGGCGACGAGACGGUCGAAAGGAAAAAAAAAGAUAGUCUAGCUAGCCAAACGGUAGGGAAAAAUAAAAAAAUUGGCCAAGCUAGCCAAACGGUAGGGAAAAAUAAAAAAAUUGGCCAAGCUAGCCAAACGGAAGGAAAAAAUAAAAAAAAUUCUGUCCUAUCCUCCAUAGUGGAAUUCUUUAAAAAAGAAAAAAGCGACGGGAAAGAGCUAACAAAAAACGAGAUAGACGCACACCCAACCACAUGGACGAAGCGGAAGACCAUUCUGGACGAAGUGUACAUGGAUAAAGGGUUACGGAAAAUCGGUCAGAUAGAAAAAACAUUCAAUUACUCCAUAAUUGACACGCAUACACACACGUCCCCGUGUGUUCUCCACAUGCACUGCCUGCGAAAUGUGGACGAGAUGAUUCGCACCAUGGGAUUGAAAAAUAUAUACUCAGCCAAAUGGUACAGCAAUAUAUGGUACCUCUUUUACAGCCUAAAAGGGACGCUAAAUUUUAACUACUUUAGCCUCCUCUUCUCAACAGUCGUUGCGUCUGUUGCGCUAUUGCUAAUUCAGGUGAAGUAUCUGCUCCAGUUUAUAAAAUAUGUGGACUCAUCUUUUGGCAUGAACUGCAUCGGGGAGGAUAGAUACGUCAACAAGGCGAUGUUUCUGCUGAACGACGUUGGGAACUCCUGUUUUGUCUCCUUCAUAUUUGCCAUUUUGUUUUGGGCCUUUUACAUUUUUAACAAGGCCAUGGGAUGA